GGCGCGCCGGCGAGGACAGGAGAACUGAAAGUAUAGCUGUCACGUCAAUUUAUAUGCUCCCAUGACUUGCUAUCAGCAGAAGUGCCUGUGAGUCCUGUGCGCCUGGAAUGAUGGAUAAGUUCAAAACUGUUCUUCAAAUUUUUCAGAAACAGCAGACUAGUCUCGGGUUUGGUUUAGUUGCGUUGUUAACUGCAGGCGGGGAACAUAUAUUUUCGUCAGUGGUGUUCAAAUGUCCUUGCAGCGGCUGGAACUUUUCCUACGGCAUGGUGUUUCUCUUAGUGCCUGCUCUGGCACUGUUGGUGUUAGGUUACAUCAUGAGCAAUAAAACAUGGAAAUUGUUCACAGGUUUGUGUUUACGCAAAUCCAAAUUUUGUAAUUUUAAAUAUGUUUGCGCCAGUGGGGUGGUCUUCUUUCAGAUCACCACGACAGCAGCAGUUGCACCUGUCAGUUGGAUUGCAGUCGCUUUGCUCAAUGGCAAUUACUUUGAAUGCGCCAUGACUGGCGUCAAUGUAACGGUUUUCACAAACCACCUUUGCGAUGGAAAGAGUCCGCAGUGCCAGGAUGAACUUUAUAAAUUCCCCUGCGGGAGAGCAACCCACGUGCCCCAAUCCGACAGCAAUGAUGUGCUGGCAACCAUCCGCGCUGAGUCGCAGGUCCUGGGUUGGCUACUGAUUGCCUCCAUCAUGGUCUUUAACCUCCUGCUGACCUGUGUUGCCCGGUGUAACUCCCCAGUCAGCUACCUGCAGCUGAAGUUCUGGAGGGUCUAUGCCCAGCGGGAGAGCGACCUGCUGGAAAGCUACACGGCAGAUCACGCCGAAAAGCUUGCAGAGAGGAACCUGAAGAGCUUCUUCCAGCAGACGCCUCCAGAGCCUGUCACGACCCCACCUAACCAGGCCUGGGAGAAGAUCUCGUCGCUCUACAGGUUCAGCACCAGAGACCACUACUACAGCAUCCUGCACAAGUACGUGGAGAUGUGCCACGAUCCAGCAGAGGUCAGGGGCCAUAGGAUGUCAUCUGUCAGGUCAGACGGUCCAGACACUGCUAAUCCAGCUGUGCUCGCCUUUGUGGAUGAGGGCAAGAUGAUGCUGUGAAUGGGCAUGCAUAUGAUCAUAGGAACAGCAUCACUAUCAUGACCCUAUCUGUAAGCAUCCUUAUUUUUAUCAUCAAAGUCAUGACUCAUUAUAGAGGAUUAUUGUCAGCGUUCUAAUAUUCGUCAUCAUCGUCAUCAUUAUUGCUGUGCAUCAGGGGAUUUUUCAGUAGAAAGACCAAUUACAUCUGAUUAACCACUCUCAGGUCUUCACUUGUAUAACAAUACUUCCCAAUUUUAUAUUGUUACUUGAAAGUUUACUCACUGUAUCAUGAGUGCUGCUUGCAGCUUUUUAUUUGAAAUUCUAUGCUCAGAAGGGACUUUAAAAAUAUAUUUUUUUAUAGUUGAUCAUACUUUCUUUCUCUUCUCUUCUACAUUUCUUUUCUCUUUAGUAUUUUUAUGCUCCUCAGACUUGACCUACAUACAGGUGGUCUGUGGUAUUAAACAGGAAAAGCAUGGUCUGGUUCUAUGAAAUAGGGCGGCAGGUAGCCUAGUGGUUAGAGUGUUGGGCCAGUAACUGAAAGACACUGAAUCCCCGAGUUGACAAGGUCCAAAUCUGUCGUUCUGCCCCUGAACAAGGCAGUUAACCCACUGUUCCUAUGCUGUCAUUGUAAAUACAAAUUUGUUCUUAACUGACUUGCCUAGUUAAAUAAAAAAUAAGGAGCAGAUUUACUUCCUGUUAGCUAGUGCACUGCAAAAUACUUUCGAGUAAAACCCUGUUGCCAGUGUAUAUGUAGCAUCUUUAUGACGGUAACCCACAAGAAUAUUUAGUUGGACCUUACAAGCUUGGUCUCCAACGUAUUUCUGCGUUAUUAUUAUUUAUAUUAUUGCACUGUAGACCGACCAUUGCCACGAGUGAACUGCGAUGAACAUCAGCUCUGAAUUGAAUAAUAACUUAGCGAAAUGGUUAGAUCCGUAUCUCUGUGUAAAGCUUAAAUGUGCUGCAUCGGUAUCAGAAGUCUUAUGGUACUAUCGUGUGAGGGCAAUGGGAGUUGUUGUUGGAUGAGUGGAGGAGCAUGAAAGUAUUCACUUUAAGUAUGAGGAUAAUGCAGCAAUUUGGUCCAAAAGGGGAAAGUAAACUUGACUUUUUGAAAGGGAACACGCUAUGUUAUUGCCACAAUGUCACUCCACUCACUCUCAUUCGGGAAGUGAGUCCUGUGCCUCGACUUUCUUUCAAACACCUUUUCACCUCCACUUGCACCUCUGAUUACGUCACGCUCACAGUAUCUCAUUUCUGACACCAAUGCAAAUGAAUUUGAGGUAACGGGUCCACAAAGCUCUGAAGACUAACAUAUACAUUGAUAAAUUGGUCAUUAGGGUAUUUUUUACAUUUUGUGACAAGAUACAUUUUGAUUUAGUACAUUAGGUACCUGAUGUGGCUAGUCCAGCCCUGUUAAAAGCUUCUCUGUGGGAGAAAUCAAUGCACUCAGAGCCUUUUAGGGUGAGGAUAUUAUAGCUUCAUCCUGUGGGAAUUAUAGAGCAUAGAAACUCAUCACAGCCUUCUAUAGGAAAUGGGAGAGGAAACUCUUCUAUUUCCCAACCACUAACUCAGAACACAUGUUUGAUCUGCCCAUUUCUCCUUUUUCUGAAAAAAAUGGUAGGUCUUAUGCAAGUCUAAUGUAAUGUCUAGCUAGCUAUAUGAUUGUCUAUAAAACUGUGCAUGAUAUGCAUCUGCGUGAGGUUCCAUAGCUAAGUAUUAACAUUACUGUUGAUUUCCAUUUGAUUUUGCAACUGCUAAUGAAUGCAGUGCAGCCUUCGUGCCGAAAUACCACAUUGCUUUGUAUGUGUGUGUUUAUGUGUGUGCGUGUUUGUGCAUGUAAGAGAAAGGGAAAACGAAAGAGAGGGCGAGAGAGAGAGCAAAGGGUGAUUUCAUAUACUGUAUAAUGUUGUAUCUGGCUCAAGCUGUAUGUGGAUUUAAUACAGAUAAUAAAUUGUGUUGCUGAAAUCACUGUGCUGCUCAAAUAACUAUCAAAAUAAAUCUGGUUAAA